AUGGCUGGAAAACUUCUCGCAAACGGCGCUCUCCUAGUUGAUGUGCUGAUCAUCGGUGCCGGGCCAUCAGGCCUAUCAACCGCCACCGGUCUCGCUCGCCAGCUGCACUCUGCUGUUGUCUUUGAUUCAGGCCUCUAUCGCAAUGCUAGAACUUCCCAUAUGCACAAUGUUCUCGGCUGGGAUCAUAGGAACCCUGCUGAACUACGGGAUGCUGGCCGUGCUCAACUCACCGAGCGAUACAGCACGAUCUCAUUUGAGAAUUCUACCAUUGAAUCGAUCAAAAGGCUUGAUGAGAAGCAGCUGUUUGUCGCUCAAGAUGAGGCAGGAAAGCAAUGGUAUGGCCGCAAGGUUGUUCUAGCAACUGGCGUCCGCGAUAUUCCACUAGACAUCGAAGGGUAUGAUGAGUGCUGGGCGAACGGAAUAUACCACUGUCUCUUCUGCGACGGCUACGAGGAGCGUGGCCAGGCUACGGUCGGCGUUCUUGGCGUUGGACCGAUCGCAAACGUUCAACGUGCAGUGCACCUGGCGCGAAUGGCUCACCAGCUCUCGCAGUCGGUCACUAUCUAUACUAACGGCAACACAUAUCUUGUGGAUGAUCUCCAGAGCACCGUCAGCGAUGCGCAAUGGCUUGAGAUAGAUGCUCGUCCUAUUACCCGGUUCGAGAAAGGGGAAACAGGCAAGACCGUUAUCGUUCACUUUGAUGACGCGAACACGAAACAAGAAGGCUUCUUGAUCUACAAUCCCAAGACCGAAAUCAAUGGCCCCUUUGCCAACCAGCUUUCGUUGCCUCUGACGGAAGGCGGCGAUAUCCAGACUUUGCAGCCUUUUUACGAGACUAGUGUCCCUGGCGUAUUUGCGGUUGGUGAUUGUGCCACGCCUUUGAAGGCCGUCACACCGGCUAUCUCGAUGGGCUCCUUGACCGCUGGUGGCCUUGUUACCCAGCUGCAGGCUCAGCCGAUGGUCGAUGUGACCGAUGGAUAUGUAUUGUAG